UCCUCUCCCAGUUGCUUUAUUCAUUGUGCGAUUACUUUGAUUUUGUGUUGGACUCAAUGUCUCAUGGCCUGGAUACUAUUUGGCCUAUAGGCCUUGGUGUUGGUCAAUUUCAAACGGGUCUUGUGUCCAGGUAGUAAGUCAUAAGUGAAAUUAACCUGUCCAUGGUUGGUCCAUCCAUGCCAUGCACUCCAUGCUAUUGCCAGCAAUGAACAUGUUGUUAGAUUUCUACCGGAAGACAAGGCUUUGUUUGUAAACAAGGAGUGAUUAUCUGACAACGAUCUUUUACUUGUAAAAAAUGGAGCAACUAACUUGAGAAGAAAGGAACAAAGGCAUAUAGCAUUGUCCGAACGCCCUGUCAUAUCUAGAUCGCCAAAAGAAAGAACUGCUACUAGUGCUAUUCAUCGGUGCUAUUUGUAUGUUGUGAUAUUCAGUGCAAUAAGUUGACUAAAGAUGGCGCUACCAUCAUCAGUAGAAGAACAAAUCGUUGUCAUUGACACAGGAUUAAAGACGCUUCGGAACACCCGGAUGCUUGGCUUUAGUGAAUUCAAGGAGUUGUACACAGCUUGUGAUAGACAUCAUCGUGAUGUUAAGCUUGGACACCUUACUGGGACACCUAAUGACCUUUUACAAAAGGCUUAUGAUGAUACCCAGUUUUAUUGUAUUCUCAUCCGUAUGUUAGUAGAGGCGUCGCUUUCCAUUGGACUCCGCCAGAAGAAUGAUUUACAGAAGAUCUACAGUUGGUACUUGGCAAACAAACAUGUGCUCCACGCAGCUCCACGCUUUGGCAAGGCACACCUGGAAGCGGAGAGUAAGGAAGCACUUCGAACAUCCUCCACUUCUCCGACACUGUUCCGGCCAAAGUCCAGUAAGUCUGCCCGAAAGAAGUCUGCUACUGGCCGAGGGAAAUCUGCCACGCAGAGAGAGAAAUCACCGACCCUGAAUUUGUCUCCUUGGUCAAAGGAAAAGAUGAAGAAUCAGAAAAAUCUCCAGGCAUCUGAGGCAGUUCAACCAGAAGGAGAGGAUGAGGAAAAAGAGAAUCAGGUUGAUGUUCCCCGGAACACCCCAAUCCCUGAGGACAUUGCUCGGCCAAGGAUGGUGCAUACCAUAGCCAGUCUUGUUAACCCCCAUGUACAUUACCAAGACAACCAGACAGAGGUGGCUAGUCAUAGCCCUCAGGGAACAGCAGCCGGUAAGCCUCCAUCAAGUUCUGGGGAAGGAGCGGCCAAACUCCGGAUGUGGCAGUCUUACCAGGAGCAGAAUUCAUAUGGACAAGAUGUGCUAGGAAAGCUUCAGUUCUGUGGUCGGUCAGGGACUCCAUAUGGUGUUCGCUACGUUGCUCAUGGAAAUGCGGAGACACCAGAACAGUUUACCUCCGAUGUCGUCUCGGCUUAUUCUUAUAUUGAAACGAAAAAGACUGGAGGUGCCCAACCGGAAGAAAGCCACGUUGCCAAAUCGCGACUUGAAGACUUCUACAAGCAAUCAGAGAGAUACUAUCCACACAAUCUGCCAAAAUAUCCCAGUUUCAAGCCAAAGUUGACCCAUGCUGAUGAGCAGAGGUGUGACUCGGCUCGAUCUUCUAACAGAUCUGAGUCUGACGCCCAAAAUGUUGCUCAAGAAAUCAAACCAGCCGAAGUUAAACUGGACACAUUGGUGACCAUGAUUGACUCUGUGACUGACGAUAUGUCCUAUUAUAAAGAAAAAAUUGCUCCAGGCCCAAGUGCAGGCUUCACCAAGCCAGUAUUACCAGUGGAUGAAAGUCCUGCACCUAGACCCAAGACUUGUCCUCCCUCUGGUGCUUCGCCCACUCCAAGAUCUGACAGACACCAGUUGGUCCCAACAAGAAUACAGCCACCGGACACUUCCGAGUACAACGUCCAUUUCCGGCGUGAUUCUACGCCCGCCCCGCCAUCUUCUGUGGUACAAGCUGUAGACUGGAGAGGGAAGGUUGAACCGGAUACAACACGUUACAGGUGGCAAGACACAGGCUUUGGCAGCCACACGUACGUCAAGAAGUUAGGUAAACAAAGGGUGAGGUCUGCUGGUGCGUCGUCUGCUGGCUCAAGGCCUAAAACGGCACCAAUGUCAACCAAGGAGAAGUGGAAGACGGAGAAACCAAGCGAUGCCAACCAGACCCUUCCUGGUGCUGCCACCCAUGGUACCAAGGAGAUUGAUGCACAGACAGUGGACUCGUUGGUCAAAGUUUAUCAUCUAGGUGGCAAUUCUCCUGAGGCGGGCCCGCCUUCCUAUAUAAUGAUGUCCAGGUCUUCCAUGGGAUAUUAUUUUGGCGACACACCAACUAUUCCUGCAAACCAGCCUCCAAAUAUGGAAUAUCUGUCAUUCAUCGCCCCAAAGAACAUCCAAGAUAUUCGUGGGAAGAGAACUGAUCCAAGACAAUCUGAAGCCAGCGAUUCUCCAUUUCCACGUACCCCUUUACCUCCGCCCCAGACGCCAGCUGGUUACCAUGACGAUGAUAACAACACCUCCACAUAUGGUAUUGAUCACCCGGAUGUGAAUGAUCUGGAGGAUGAACUCUUAGCUCUGGAGGAAUCUCAUGUCGGGGAUGAAUCUUACGUCCAUUUAGACGAUGAACCAGAGCAGGAUUUAACAGAGGACAGUUAUCCGAGAGCAGAGGAACCAACCCCUCAGACAGGUAUCGCAAAGGAGGAAAAAGAGGUUGCCGAGGACUUGUCCCCGGAGCAGGAACUGGUCCCAGAUACUGAUAGCGUGGAGCAAGAUUUCGUGGAAGGAGAAUCCCUGUGUAGAUCUGAGGCAGCAGAUACAAUCCUUGAUACGUCUGCCAAUGUUGACAAAACUGUAAAUUUCGAUAAAAAGUUAAAUGUGAUAAAUUUAGGAUUUGACGAAUCAACUCUGGCUCAGGAGCGUGGUGAUGAUCCGGGUCAAUUUGUAGUAUCAGCUGUUAAACAGGGCGAGAGGAAAAUAGUGGAUGGAACUGCACCUUUCAAAUCGAGUAAUAAAAUACCACCUAAAAAGUCUAAAAAUCUACCCAAGAAUCUUACUGCAUCAGAUCAGUGGAAUUUGUCGCUGAAUUUGGAUCGGGAAAGAAGGGAUCCCCAUGCUCAUUUGUUUGACCAUAUUGGAGGAGAUCCUUUACGGAAGAAACGUCCACUGACCGGUAGCAUCGUACGGAGACCAAAGCCAGAAUACGACGUCAUUGAGGAACGCGCUCAGAGUGCUGUGCCGGGGAGGAUUUUGAACCGAGAGCAAGAAAUGGCGAAGAAGAUGAUUGUGGGGCCCAUCAGAAGUGCUCCAUCGAUUCCUUCACCCUUUGGGGCAUUGGGUGCACGCUCACCGCGAACGUUGGGAGCUUUUCAACCAGAAUUGGACCAGCAUGCACGGAAACUGAAUAGUCCAAAACGUUACAUGCAAAAAGUGUCAGAAAUUCUUCGUCAUGAAGUGGUUGUAGACCGCCAGGCUCCCCCAAGCCCGCCACCUCCAGUCACUCCAGCGGCAAGAGAUUCAGGAUUAAAUAUUGCUGGUCAUGCGUUGAUUGCCAAAGGAGAACUAACACAUUACUCCCCCUCCGAACCAUCAGAACAUGGCAACAGUCCACCAGCCCGAGAGGACUGUCGGCAGGAGCUGAAUCAUGAUGGUGGACUGGGAACAGAGCGUGCUGCAGCCAGGAGGGCGAGUCAAAAGUCUCAAGUUGGGGCAGCCACAGGUGUGCGGAGAGCCAGCUCAGACUGCUCCAGCAAAUCUUUUCAUGGACGGCCCAUACCUGACUAUGUGGAAGCAGAAAACCCGGAUGAUGUCGCAGCCACUGUCGAACGACACCAACAAGCCAAAGCUGCAGUAGACAUUCAAAGGAUUUUCCGAGGUUACGUCGCCAGAAUAAGUUAUAAACAGAUGCAGAAACUUGAUCGAGAGAAGCGGGAAGGUUUGGAGGAUAAACUCAAGGCUGAGAGAGAGGCAGAAAGGAAAUACCGUGAGCAUUUAAAGACCAAAGAAGCCAUUAGAAAUCGUGAAGCAGACAAAUGCGCCAAAGAUUUUGCCAUAAGUUAUGAGCAAUUGAAAGGCUUCCGGGAGAGAGAGAGAAAAUACAAGGAGGAAAUCAACAAAAGAGAGCUUGCUAUGAAGAAUUACCAAGAUGCUGACAAAAGGGAACAGAUUGGUCCACAUGUCUAUAUAUACCAGUCCUUCCAUCCCAAGCAGAUUGGGCCAACCAACAAAGAAUUAAAUCUUGCUGCGACCAUCAUCCAGCAACAUGUGCGAGGUUUCCUCAUCAGGAAGCGAUUUGAAAAACUUGAAAGAAAGGCUGCCUGGCAUUCCACCGACUUCCGUCACUUCAUGAGAGAUUACAGGGCUUUAUUGAAGAGAAUCCAACGUCGCCGUGGAAACCAGCGUCCCAAGACGCCAUUUUCAAUAGAGCAGGUGGUCGAGUUUAUGGACACGAAAAAACGAUAUGAAAGCGUCUUCGACCAUAAAUCAUUUGGAGGAGAAUUAGACUUCAAUGACCUGUCCGAGUACUUUAGCGAAUGUGAUCUAUAUCCAUCUCAGCUUGAGGUUGAUGAGGCAUUUGAUGCCAUCUUUAGGGGUAAAGCUCGCAAAAAGACGAAAGGUCUAUCAAAGAAGGAAUGCAAUGAGAUCACGUUUGAACUGUACCCACCAGAGGCAGCAGGAGUCGAGAAUGAACGCGUCUCAACAUGGAUGAACCCCAUCAUCAAUGGAAUUGAAGCAAUGAAGUUCCUAGAUUCGGAUCAGAUUGGUGUUACUCCACUUGGACCAUGCAUGACGCUGGUGGCGGCCUCAAUCAAGGAGAGGCGAGAGGCAGAACAGGCCAUCAUCAAAGCGGAGAGGUUGAAAAGAGAAGAGGAAGAACGCAUUGAGAGAGAUCGUGUGAAUACCGAGAAGAAGAAAAUCAAGGAGCAAAAGUUGGCUGAAUACCUAGCUAAGAAGAACCUAUGAGAAAGUGCCAAAAUUAACUCAUUUGAGAUAUCUGUAUCUUCUGUCUCUCCCAUCUGAUGGUCCAAUAGAUUCAACUAUUGUUCUGUGAAUCCUUUAAAUGAAAGGGAUGGUACAAGAUCUUUUCUUGGGUAAUGUGUGGAGAUCUCACAAAGGAAAUCUCAUUAGAAUUGUGGCUUUGUACUUUUUUAUAGGAAUCUGUGCCUCUCUGUUGUACAACUUAUUGCUUUCCAUUUUACCGUAAGUGGAUACAUGUAUUUUUGCAAUCGAAGGGUUUUGUUGACCCAUUUGAAUGACAUCAAGAAUUGAUUAAGACUAGUCUUUAUUUAUUGCUGAUGACAUUAAUUGGGUGUUUUGCAGAUCUGGUGAUCUUACUGGUGAAAAGCCGUUGCUUGACAUGCGUAGCUGUGAUACUUCCGUCCAUCCAAAUAUUUACAUAGAUUAUUUUUUAUCAAUUAUACAAUGCACAGUAUGAAUUUAAAUUACUUGUAAAUAAUUUCACAGAUAUUUUAUUUUGUUUGGUUAACUUUUGCAGAGUGCUGUUUACAUUAUUUUUGUAAUCAUGUUAGAACUACUUGUGAGUUUGUGAUAGUCAUAGACUGAUAGAGCUAAAGAACUUAGCAUCAUGAGAAAUUUCAUUUUCAAUAGUAGUGUUUGGAGUUGAGGCCAAUUAAAGUGCUAAUGCUGAUUUAGUUACGGGGCCCAGAUGUACCGUACAGUUCAUGUCAUGUCACAUGUACAAUUAGUAUUAGCAGUAAAUCCCUCGAAGAGUGACGAAUGUUUUUCGUUGGUAUUAAUGGCACACUUUAGUCGAGCCUGAAUUCCGGGCCUAUUGAGUGUUCAGUUUGUUACAUUGACCCAUUGAAUAAAAUUAUGUUCAUUACUAAA